AUGCUCUGUCUGCUUUUGGACAAGGAUUGCAGAGUGAACUUGAAACCACCUUUUCGGAGAUUUGCAUUGCUUGAUGCUGAUGCUUUGUCUGUUUUGACUUAUAUAGGUGAAGGAGGAGAAGGUGUGAACAUCAAGAGGGACAACCUGACUGAAGAUCAGAAGAAGACGUUCGAUGCUGGUUGGUCCCACAAUCAAUUCAACCAGUACGCCAGCGACAUGAUCUCUCUUCACAGAUCUUUAAAUGACAGCAGAAUACCCGAAUGUAAAAACAAAAAGUAUCCGAUGGAAAAACUUCCAGAUACAAGUGUGGUUAUAGUAUUCCAUAACGAAGCCUGGUCCACGUUACUAAGAACUGUUCAUAGCGUAAUCGACAGAUCGCCACCAUCUUUACUAAGGGAGGUAAUUCUAGUGGAUGACUUAUCUGACAUGCGGCAUCUGAAGGCACCAUUGGACAGAUACAUCAGUAAACUGGAAAAAGUCAAGUUAAUAAGAUCUCCAACACGAAUCGGACUGACAAGGGCUAGAAUCCUGGGGUUCGAGGCAUCGAAAAGCAAGACAGUGACAUUCUUGGACUCCCAUUGUGAAUGCUUUCCAGGUUGGUUAGAACCGCUGUUAGCUCGAGUUUACGACGACCCUGGACACGUUAUAUUCCCCGUUAUCCAAGUCAUUGCUGCCAAAACAUUCACACUUAAGGCCCGUAAGCAACGACGAGAAAAAAUUGGAGGAAUUUCUUUGAAGUCGCUGACGUUUACAUGGAAAGGCAUCCCUGAUGUUGAACGUCAACGUCGCCAAUCCGAGGCCGAUCCCAUCAGAUCACCAACGAUGCCUGGUGGAUUAUUCACAAUAGACAGAGAAUAUUUCAAACGUAUCGGUACCUACGACCCUGGCCUCGAUUACUGGGGUGGGGAAAAUAUGGAACUAUCCUUUAAGGCAUGGAUGUGUAAUGGUAGUGUAGAGGUUAUCCCAUGUUCAAAUGUAGGUCACGUGUUCAGAAAGAAGAACCCUAUAACAUGGCCCGGAGGAGGGGACGUGGCCAGGAAGAAUUCUAUCCGGGUAGCGGAAGUUUGGAUGGACGAAUACAAGUACAAAUAUUAUGAAAGAAUUAACAAUGAUUUAUUAGAUUUUGGCGAUGUCUCUGAAAGAAAGAAACUAAGGAAGGAUCUUAACUGUAAACCAUUUAGUUGGUAUGUUGAAAAUAUCUACCCAGAUCUGGCUCUACAGAAUGACGCAAUUAGAUCAGGCGAGGUAUAA